UGUUCAGAAGAUGGCGUUCACAUGGGUAAUGAAUGGAUUCAUGUUAGGAGGACAGCACAGCCUCAGCCCACCGUGCAGCUUCACUCAUGUUCCAGCAGCAUUGGAGCGCGCAUGCAGUUUGCUCCUCAGAACCUCCAUCCCACCAAGAUGACUUCGGACUAUUCUGAUGUCGAAGCGUUUUUAGACUGCCACCCGGAACUCUUCGAGGAGUAUCUGGUCCGUAAGGCCAAAUGUGAGCAUAUUAGCAGGUGGCUGAGGGAGCACCAGGCUCCGAAAGUGACCGCGGCCGAUGUGAGACGCGGCGGCGGCUGCGGCGGCGGCGGUGCCACGGCCACGGCCACGACGGAGCCUUCUCUGUGGCCGGCCAAUCCGGACGCUCUCCGACGCAGGUCGUCUCACAUGGAGCUUCGGCGCAACUUCGCCCGGUCCAAAGCCACCACGGCGCACCGGACCUACGACGAGCACGCCAGUUUCAGCCAGCAGGAUCCCCAGUCCAGCAUGAGGCGACGCGCACUCUUGCGUAAAGCCAGCUCGCUGCCUCCCACCACGGCGCACAUUCUCAGCGCUCUGCUCGAAUCCAGAGUCAACGUGCCACAAUACGCCUCCACCGCCACCGACCACAAGUGUCGCCUCCGGGAGACCAACGAGAGGGAGUUUUUCUUAGAACUGGUCAAGGACAUCUCCAACGACCUGGACCUGACCAACCUGAGCUAUAAGAUCCUAAUCAACGCGUGCAUCCUGGUGGACGCCGACAGGUGUUCCCUCUUCCUCGUGGAGGGACCCCCGCACAAGAGGACGCUGGUGUCCAAAGUGUUUGACGUGCACUCGGGCACCACGGUCAGACCCUCCUCCUGCACCCUCAACUCCUGUGAAGUGCAGGUGCCUUGGGGAAAGGGCAUCAUUGGAUACGUGGCGGAACACGGAGAGACCGUCAACAUCCCCAAUGCAUACCAGGACCACCGCUUCAGUGACGAGAUCGACAAGUUAACCGGCUACAAGACUCAGUCCAUUCUCUGCAUGGCUAUCUGCAACAGCGACGGAGAGGUCAUUGGCGUGGUCCAAGCAAUCAACAAGAAUCCCACGGGAACGCCUUUCACUGAGGAUGAUGAGAAAGUACUGCAGAUGUAUUUACCCUUCUGCGGAAUAUCCAUCUCCAAUGCCAAGUUGUUUUCGGAGUCUCGCAAGGAGUAUGAAAGGAGCAGGGCUUUACUGGAAGUGGUCAACGAUCUGUUUGAGGAGCAGACAGAUUUGGAGAAGAUCGUGAGGAAGAUCAUGCAGCGAGCGUUGACCCUCCUGCAGUGUGAACGCUGCUCUGUACUUCUUCUUGAGGACAUCGAGUCACCGGUUGUGAAGUUCUCCAAGACGUUUGAGCUGAUGUCCCCCUUGAGCAACAUGCAUCAUGACAUCAGCAUCAGCAUAGAGAAGCUGUCAUGCUCUGAUUGGCUGAUCAAUAAUAGCAUCGCUGAGCUGGUGGCCUCCACGGGACUUCCCGUUAACAUCAGUGACAUGUGCCAGGACCCACGCUUUGAUGCCGAGGCAGACCAAGCCUCAGGAUUUCAUAUCCGAUCAGUGUUGUGUGUGCCUAUCUGGAAUCGAACGCACCAGAUUAUUGGGGUUGCACAAAUUUUGAAUCGUCUCGACAGGAAGACCUUCAGCGAUGCAGAUCAGAGACUGUUUGAGGCAUUUGUGAUUUUCUGUGGACUUGGCAUCAACAACACUAUGAUGUACAAUCAAGUGAAGAAGACGUGGGCCAAGCAGUCUGUGGCCCUGGAUAUGCUAUCCUAUCAUGCUACAUGCUCAAAGGUAGAAGUUGACAGACUGAAGGCUGCAAAGAUCCCCCUGAGCUGCGAACUUGGCAUUGACGAGUUCCAUUUCAACGACUUCUCUUUGGACAACGAUGGGAUGAUCACCGCUUCUCUGCGGAUGUUCCUGGAACUUGGUGUUGUCCAAACUUUUAAAAUAGACUACGAGGUUUUGUGUCGCUGGCUUCUCACCGUGAGGAAGAACUACCGGACUGUGGCCUACCACAAUUGGAGGCACGCCUUCAAUGUGUCCCAGUGCAUGUUUGUUAUGAUCACAUCAGCCAGCUUUCAGGACGUUUUAUCCGAAGCAGAGAUUCUAGCGCUGAUGGUUGGCUGUCUCUGUCACGAUCUGGACCAUCGGGGAACCAACAAUGCCUUUCAAGCCAAGACAGGUUCUGCUUUGGCAUUGCUCUACGGCACGUCAGCGACCCUGGAACAUCAUCACUUCAAUCAUGCAGUCAUGAUCCUGCAAAGUGAGGGUCACAAUAUCUUUGCGAACCUCUGUUCUAAGGAAUAUAGCAACAUGAUGCAACUGUUAAAGCAGGCCAUUCUUUCCACGGACCUCACUUUGCACUUUGAGCGGCGGAGCAAGUUCUUUGAGAGCGUGCUCGCUGAAGAAUUCAGCUGGACGGAAGAGAAACACAGAGAAGUCCUGAGAUCCAUGCUGAUGACAGCCUGUGAUUUGGGAGCCGUUACUCGGCCUUGGGAGAUAUCCAAACAGGUUGCUGAGCUGGUGACGAGUGAAUUCUUUGAGCAAGGAGACAGAGAGAGGUCGGAGUUGAAGCUCACCCCAGCGGCCAUAUUUGAUCGAAAUCGCAAAGAUGAGUUACCCGCCUUACAGUUGGACUGGAUCGACGGCAUUUGUAAACCUCUCUAUCAGUCCCUGUUGAAGCUGAACAGGAAAUUGCAGCCAAUGGUGGAAGGGAUAGAUGCCAACCGAAAGAAAUGGCAGGAGCUGUGCGCAUCUAAUGAGCAUGCACGCGACGCCUCAGUGACCAGUCAGAGUCCCGAGGCUUCAGAAGCCAGCGAGGAGUCCAACAUGAAGCCAGCGGAAAACGCCAACUCGGGGUCAAACGGUCGAGUGUAAAGCUUCGAGCCACACCGCAGCGGGACCAACUUCAAAAUGAGCUUCAAGUCUCCGAAAUGAUUGGAAUACUGUCCUUACCCUUUGGUCAUCACGCAAAUGCACUACUUACUACUUGAAUGAGUUUUACAAAAUGUGAAUGGCAGAUUUUCCUCAAAUACUGGAUGUGGCUUCACAUGUCUGCAGUAAAGAACACAUCUUUCUUUUUGAAAAACUGCUUACAUGAACGCAACAGCAAACAUUGUAGGACUCUUGAACAUGUAAAUGGUUGGUAUGACAUCUUGAUAAUGGAAAUAAACUGGACACACAGUAUUUUGCUCAGCUCUGACAUAUUCCAAAGUAGUAAUCAAAAUAAACCCAUUAGCUAUA